GAAAGGAGGAGCAAACCAAUUGGAGCAACAUCUGAGUCGAGGAGUUGUUGAACACGGACUGUGUUUUGUUUAUCUGCGACAGAGUAAUUAUUUCCUGCAAGGAGAUUACUAAAAACGUCGACGUUUUUAGCAGGUCUGUUCUUUAAAGAAGAACGUUGACGUUUUAAGCCGGUCUGUUCUUUUAAAAGCACCCAAAGUGCACGUUUCACGAUGGUGAAGGUAUCUUUUAAUUCGUCUCUCGGACAGAAGGACGUAAAAAAGGACAGCGAAACCCUCAUUCCCGGGGACAAGGAUCCAGAGGUGGCUCUGCCCGUGCGCCACCGGCAGUCCAAGGCCUGGUGCUGCUGCAUGUGCCUGGGCCUCGCCCUCAUGCUCUCCGGCGUGGUGGUGGGAGGGGCCUGCAUGUACAAAUACUACAUUCAGGAGGUGAGACAGGACCUCUCAGACCUCAGCGUCGAUUCAUGGCAAGACCCGGUGUUUGUUUGUGGGGUGGGGUACCGUGAGGAGGACAUGAUGAUUCCGGAGGAGGAGGACGACAUGCGUGCAGACCUGCCGUCCAGCUUCAAGAUGAUCCAGGAAAGCAUCCGCGUACUGCAGGAUGAGGAGGUGGCUCUUAUCAACGUGCCUGUGCCUGAAUUCGAGGACAGUGACCCUGCCGACAUUGUCCACGACUUCAACAGGAGACUGACUGCCUACCUGGACCUGUUCCUGAACAAGUGCUACGUCAUCCCCCUCAACACCUCCAUCGUCAUGCCUCCCAAGGACUUCCUGGAGCUGCUAGUCAAUAUCAAGGCUGGUACCUACCUGCCUCAGUCUUACCUGGUCCAUGAAGAGAUGGUUGUGACUGAGCGCCUGGAGCACGUGGAGCAACUGGGAUACUUCAUCAACAGCCUGUGCCGUGGGAAGGAUACAUACAAGCUGGAGCGCAGAGACAGGAUCUUGGGUAUGCAGAAGCGUGAAGCCCUCAACUGCCACAAGAUCCGUCACUUUGAGAACAAGUUUGUGGUGGAGACCUUGAUCUGUGAGCCCUAGUGAAGUCAUUCUGGGCUGUGGGCUAAGUGGCACAUCACCUUUAUAAAACCUCUUUGUUUAACAGGAAGCACAGUUGGAGAUUUGUAAGAUUUGUUUUCUUAGUUUUAAUUUUUUCAAAUGUUAUUCUACAUCAGGUAGUUCUGUGUGCGUGAGCAUUUCAAUGUGAAAGGGGACAGUUUUUGUCUCUGCUUAAAAUAAGCCAGUUGUUUGCUUUCUUUUCAUUAUGCAGGGAGGCAAUUUUGAGAGGAAUUCUGUUAUUUGAGGGAUCUAGUACAGGACAGGACUGCUAGAUUGUCAACAAUGUUAAGCUUAGAGAAGAUUUAAGAUCAAUGUUAAGGUUUAAAUAAUCAAAAACUGGGAUUAAGGGGUAACUUGAAAUAGAUCAUGCAUGGUAGAAAAUUAUUCAGUCUACAUGUAUUUUAGAAUACAGAAAAUGUAAUGUGCAUAAGCAUAACAAAUGAGUAGUUUUGUUUGUGACUGAACCUGGUUUUAAGAAAGGCUAGUCCAGGGUGUUUUAUAGGUUUUAUAUUUUCAUUGUCUGCUGUAACUUAAUACUGCUUUUAUGAUUUCUUAUCUGAAAAACACAUAUAUUAAGGUAACUUCAAGAAUAAAUCUAAACAAUUACAAUUUAUAGAAAAUCAAAUCAGAGUAUUUUUUGUCUUGUAGAAGUAAAACAAUAUAUGUAAUUUUUCAAGUUUUCUGUGAAAGUUUUUUAAGAAUGUAUCAUUCUUGGGGAUAACUCGCUAUCAUACUCAUUUGUAUAUAACCUCUGGUAAGAAAUGACCAACACCACAAUAAAUCUUAAAUCUGUAAUUCCAA